AUGUUCCUCAACACUGUCAGUGGGAAGGCAGUCGGUGAAGCAAUCCUUCCAAUUUGGGGUGAUCACUUUAACACCUUGUUGAACCGGCAAGCAGCGUCAGCUCCUGAACGCGAGCACGUUUAUAGGCUAACAUAUGUGGUUAAUGAGGAGCUACCGACCGACUCGGAGGUUUUGGUCCGCAUCCAAAAGAUGAAAAAUGGAAAAUCUGGUGGAGACGGCGGGGUUAGCGCAGAAAUGCUGAAAUAUCCUCCUUCGUCUGGGAUUCGUGAAAUGGCAAAGAUUUUUCGUUCAAUAUGGAUAGACGAAAGGAUACCUGACUCGUGGAGACACGCUGUCAUAAUUCCCCUCCACAAGAAGUUAUACGUCAUGGACCGUAGGAAUUAUCGAGGAAUUUCCUUGUUGCGUGUUAUAUGUUAUAUGUACAAGGCUUUGGAAACGGAUUAUCCUGGACAGAAUCACUGA